AGGCACAACCUGUUGUAGCUUAUAAAAAAGGAAAGCUCUUUGGUAAGAAUGGAAAGUCCUGAGAGCCAGUAGGCGAGUCUGCUCCCCAGGAGGCGAUAGCAUCCCAAGUCCACUAGGAUUUUAGCUUCAACCACCGGACUGUCUUUCGUCCAGACUGGACCAGGAAGUCACAUCAAAGGGCCGAGCAAGACCCUGGGCAAAGCAGCUGGGUGAACCAAGUUACAAAGAAGCCAAGGAAAGCUGCAGAAUGGCGAGAAAAGGCAGAGACGCAUAGGAGGGAUAAGACGGGAGGAGGGAGGCGGGGAGGGAGGGGAGAGAGCAGAAAGCCGAGCACGGACGUCAGGAACAAAAGCUCCGGCGGAGUCUGGCGGAGGCACUAGGGGAGCACGGGGUGUUUUGAAUAAUUAUUAAAAUUAGCAUGUGUCUGCGCCAUCCUGUGGGUGUGGCGCAGAGCGGAGUGUAAACUCUAGCGGGGCCGGAGCAAACACUGGAUUAGCGGCAGCAGCCUGCCAGCCUGCCCGGGAGUGUGGGGACCAGCGCGCGGCACGCCGACCGGCACGAUGGCCUCGUCUCAGGGGAAGAGCGAGCUGAAAUUCGCCGACUGGAUGGCAACUCUGCCGGACAGCAUCCACAGCAUCCCCCUCACCAAUUUAGCCAUCCCAGGAUCUCAUGAUUCCUUCAGCUUCUACAUUGAUGAAGCCUCUCCAGUAGGGCCUGAACAGCCAGAAACCGUCCAGAAUUUUGUCUCUGUGUUUGGAACCGUAGCCAAAAAGCUGAUGCGGAAAUGGUUAGCCACUCAAACAAUGAACUUUACUGGUCAGCUAGGAGCUGGGAUCCGUUAUUUUGAUCUUCGAAUUUCCACCAAGCCCAGGGACCCCGACAAUGAACUCUACUUUGCUCAUGGUUUGUUCAGUGCCAAAGUCAAUGAAGGCCUUGAGGAGAUUAAUGCAUUCCUCACAGAUCACCAUAAGGAGGUAGUAUUCUUGGACUUCAACCAUUUUUAUGGGAUGCAGAAAUAUCACCAUGAAAAACUGGUCCAAAUGCUGAAAGACAUCUAUGGAAACAAGAUGUGCCCAGCGAUUUUUGCGCAGGAAGUUAGUCUAAAGUACCUGUGGGAGAAAGACUAUCAAGUGCUGGUCUUCUACCAUAGUCCAGUGGCUCUGGAAGUGCCCUUUCUCUGGCCUGGGCAGAUGAUGCCAGCACCCUGGGCCAACACCACAGACCCGGAAAAACUGAUCCAGUUUCUUCAGGCAUCCAUCACGGAGAGAAGAAAGAAGGGCUCGUUUUUUAUAUCUCAGGUGGUACUGACCCCCAAAGCUAGCACUGUGGUCAAAGGAGUGGCCAGUGGCCUCAGAGAAACGAUCACAGAAAGAGCUCUUCCUGCCAUGAUGCAGUGGGUCCGCACACAGAAGCCAGGAGAGAGUGGCAUCAAUAUUGUCACUGCUGAUUUUGUAGAACUUGGGGAUUUCAUCAGCACUGUCAUAAAGCUCAACUAUGUCUUUGAUGAAGGAGAAGCCAACACUUGAUAGUACCAUUUGGAGCGUCCACGAGUAAGAUAGAGAAGACUCAUUGUAUUAGGCAUAUUAUCUAUAAACACUCUGAUCUUCCUAUUCCACUGAGUCUCUGAGGGGAUUAGGCUGGUAGUGGGUGGGAAAAGGGGGAAUCCAUUUCUUCAGUGAUGAUUAUCAUACUCUGCAUUACUAUAAAUACUUCAUUUCCCAUUUGAUGAGCAAAAUCUGCUACUAGUGUUAGGGAUAAAAAAAGACCAGUGAAUUUUGUUUUUCAGAAUUAGUCUUUGUAACGUAUAACUCAUGAGUGUUUACUUGAUUGCGUUUCCGAUUUCAGCCUAGGGCUCCUACACUGUUUCCACUAACUGAACCUUUCCGCUCCCUCUUUCGCUCGCUCUUUUUAAUCAGCUGCCAUAUGGGACUCAAAACAAUUGAAUGCCCAAUGUAAUGUGUAUUACAUCGUUGUACUGAAAUUUGUUUUUGUGAAGACUUGGUAUAAUAUAAUAUUCUAUAGUCAUCUGCAAUUGGUCGAUCAUUGCUAACUUUUGGUCAUAGAAAAUAUGCAUCAAAUCAGUUUCCCUGCAUCAGUAAUAUUGGAGGCCAUAAUCAGUAAUUUUUGUGUUAUAUGAAUAUAACAGUGUUUCACAGUGUUUCUAUUUAAGGCAGCUAUAAAUAUAGAGUAAAAACUUUUUUGAAAGAAUGAUUAGUGCCAACCCUGUAGUGAAAAAUGGAGGAGGGAGAAGAGAUGGAUGCCAUUUUAAUUCAGGAAUCUCUUAAGUAAUAUUGCCCUGCAAAUCCUCAGUAAGUAAAAAAUUAUGACAGAUGUGUUAAAAUCAGGAAGCUCUGAAAAGAACUCUUACAAAAUCUCCCCUAUUAAUUCUCUUGAUUAAAAAAAAGGAAAGAAAAUGAAGAAGAAAGAAAUGAAACAUUGUGCAAGCUUUCCUACCAAAUUGGCAUCUUCGAACAUGUAAUUCUAAAUCUCAAAUUUUGAGGAACGUAUUUCGAGCAGCUUCAGUUCAAAUUUUUACUCGAGGUUGAGGAAAGUUGAGAAAAGAGGAAGGGUUGCAGAAAGAAUUAAAAAGUUUUUGAAACCAUGUAUAGCGUAAAAUCUUAAAGAUCCAUGAAAUGUUUUUAGGAGAUGCUUAAAUACAUGGGGUGUGGGCAGACACAGUGAAAAUUAACACUGACUCAUCACUUCUGAGUUCUGUCCUACCCCAGAAUCAAGCCUGGGGCAGAGGCAAAAGUUUCACAGAACCUUUCUGUGUCUCAACUUUUGAUAUAGUCCACAUCUACAGAGAAGGAAAAUGAUAACUCCGCUUUGAGCCUUGCUCCCUCCUUGGUGUCUUUGUGAUAUUUGACAACUCUAGAAUAUUCUAAAAGAGCACAAUAACCCUUACCGGUGUGCCUCACAGGAAUACUGUGAGGCAUUUCUAAAAAUCUAUAAAUUGCUGAAAUUCUUAUAAUUAUGAAUUGUUUUAACUUCGUGUUUAGAAAUAAUUGCACCUCAAGAGUUUCCCGGGGAAAUGCGUUCCACGCAAAGUAGGGCCAUAGGAAAAUAGAAAAAUAAAAGCAUGUCUGCAGUUUUUAAUUAAUUUAAACAUAGGACAUACGGUUUGAUCUCUUACACCUAGGUAAGGGGGUUGAUCCCAAGAUUGUGUCAAGAUUUUGAGUAAUUAAGAGCUAGUUCUAAGGUUAUAAAUACUCACUGUCAGAAAGUAGUAUUUUUUAGCAGCUGCAGGGAGGAAAGAGAAAAUUUUCACCCUGAAGAGAAUGUUUAUGAAGAAUGUGUAGUUGUGCUUGGGAGAGCUGCAGCAGCAUGCAGGCGUGCAACACUUCCACAUUCCAGUUGUGUGUCUGUCGUGCCACCCCCAGUAUGCCGACACGUACCCACUCCUGCCGGCAGACAGAUACAAAUGCACACAGACACACGCAGACACGGGUAUAAUCACAGUUCUCCUUUUCCAGGGAAAAUAUUGGUAAUAUUUAAUCACUUAAUUUUGAGACCGAAACCCUUAGCAAGGUACGAAAAGAGUGGUUAAGACCUUUGAACGUAGAGUAGCUGAUUAUCUUCAAAUAUUUUUGUAAAAAUAUUCUGGCUUGGGACUUAAUUAUUCACAAAUAUAGUUUUCUUUCCACCUUCCCUCCUCUUGCAGUUUAUUGUCUUUUUAUCUCUUUCACCUGCUCUUAAUGUGCAGUUGAAUAUGAGUCCUUUUUAAAGGACUAUGGAUUAUUGAAAUUUACAUCCUGUCAAUUUGCUUUGUGAGCAGAUCUUCUCUCUGACAAUUCAUUAUUCAUCCCUCGGGAGGAUCUUUAGCCAAGCACACUUGCAAUGACACAAGGAUUUAACUUAUAAAUAUGACAGAAAACAAAUCUUUCAACAUAUUAAUGAGGAAUGAAUAAAAUAUAGGGGUAACUAUGUUGUAUUUUCUUGAACUUAGAUGCUUUCUUAUAAUGUUGGCUUAGAAUUAGCUUUGCCAUAUUUGUCAUUUGGGUGCUGGAAAAAACAAACAUGCUGAAGCAUUAGACUAAUUGUGCAGGUUUUUUUUUUUUUUUUUACUGGAGAAAGCUUUUUAUUGCUAUUAAUGAUAUGCACGCAGAAACCUUGUUGGACAAAAGGUACUUUCAAGUCAAUGUUAUGGUUUCCAUGUGGACAUACAGUCCCCAUGUAGCAGGCACCAAGAAUAAACGGACUUGCCUUCAUUUCUAAAGGCGGGAGCAGGUAGAAGUGGACCAUGGGUCCUCCAGCUAGAGGGAGAGUCACCAGGAGGGAGUCCUUGGAAAGGGGAACAGAGAGAAGGUGCCUUUGGCUGUCUUCUGCCUAUUGGCUCUGCCCUGAGGCGGAUGUAGGGAGCAGGCUGUGGGCCUUAAAUAGAGUGGGGGUGAGGACUCGUAUUGUGCAAUCAGAGCUUAGCCUCAGCCUCUGCUCCUUUGUCUUCGCAGGGCAUUGUCUUUCCAGAGAGCCAGGAGCACAAGGGCUACAAAUAGGCCCCAGGAUGUAGGCGGUAUAUCUUGGUGCACUUUUUGUUUGGCUUUUUCUUAAAACUUUAUGUCACAAGUCCUACAAGGCAAAAACAGAAACAAAAUCCAACCACUACCUAAUCUGCAGUAGGAAAUCAAAGGAGUGGGUGGGAUGAGGGAAGAUAGGCAAAGAAUAUCAUUUUUUUCCUUUGCUUUCCUGUCUGUAAUUUUGAAGGACCGAAAUGGCAAAUGCUUUGCCAUUAUCAUUUAUGUCUCCCUUAUUACCACACAUUCAUACGAGUGCAGAGAAUGAGGAGGCAUCUUUGAAAAGCCUUAGGAUAUUUUGUAUGAUGACCUCAAUAUUCACUUUCAGCCAUACUGGGAAAACUCACUUUUCAUAGAGCACCACCCAGCAGUGAAUGUACUAGAGCAUUGUUUGGCAUGUAUGUGUCUGUGUGUGUACACGCAUAGAAACACACACACACACACACACAUACACACCCACGGGAUGCACAUCUCACAUGCAUUAUUCAAGUUACAACUGCACUCUCUAAUCACCCAACCUGAUUCUAUUGCCAUUUUAACUCUUAAAAUCAGUAUUUCCUUAUGUUAAUGGGCAAACAUAACUCAGAUAUUUACAUAUUCAAGAGGAGAAAAAAAUCACUAGAAAACCAGUGAAAAAUGAGACCAUCAUAAAUAAGAAAUGACGAGCAGUGAUAGUCUAAAUACAUUGUCAAUUACGCUUCAAGCUGGAGAAUUGAAGAUGGACUUGAAUCAAAGUUACAAACAUCUUGACUUGAAGCUGUUUUCAGUUCUUUGAGGUCCUAACAUGUUUUAGCCAGAGUUACCUGUUCAGGUUCUCCCCUGUUAGCAUUCCAGACUGGAAAGUUGGAGGUCUCAGGAAAUGCAUGUUCUCGUGAGUUUCCAGUUCUAUAGUUCUACAGAUGCGAUGAUGCAACCUCCUAACCUUUCGUUGCUCAUCCAAAUGAGAGCUUCAUAGGUAGAGUGCUUGACUUUUGAAUCACUAACAGAAAAUAAUGCACAGUGUCCCUCAGGAUAUGCUAAACAAGGUUUUUACAAGUAUUUUAUUUGACAGCAUUUUAGUCUUUCUACUAGAUUACAGUGACACAAUGGUAUAGAGGCUAUAUUUGCCAUAACUUAUUGGUGGCUCCUGUGUUAUAUACAGUUUUAAAUAAUGCUCUAAAUCGUUUGUUUUCCCAAUGACAUCAAUAAAAUGUUCUGUAGAAUUUGUAAAAUGUA